AUGUCGUGCCUAAUCCAUUGCUGUCAAUACCUUUCACUUUCUAUUACAUUAGAAUUGUUUAGACGACAGUUUUUGGAUCCAUCAGUAUGGUACGCAGCUCGCUUGGCAUUUUCGCGGUCAUGUGCUGUCAUGUCGAUGAUUGGAUUUGUGCUCGGAUUAGGUGAUCGACAUGGUGAAAAUAUAUUGAUUGAUGUUACCGAAGGAUGUGUGGUCCAUGUGGACUUCAAUCUGAUAUUUCACAAAGGAGAAUAUUUGCCCGUUCGAGAGGUUAGCAGAAGCUUUACUUCAGACCAUUCACAGGUUAUUCAAACAUUCGUGCAUGAUCCGCUGUUGGAAUGGAUCAACACGGAGGCGAGAGCGCAGCAAAACAAAGGAGUCAGUGCAUUUGCCUUUGUCUAA